AGAUCGCAGCCCUUGCUGCCCUAUGGGGAGCGUCUGUUGAUGAUUAAGGCAUCCCUCUCUCUACCCUCCCCCCCUAUUUUUCAGCUCUGUGUGGUUUCACCCGAUGCUCUGUUGUAAGGGCAGGAAGAGACAUCAGCAGCUCUGCAUCUGGUACCCAGAGCCUCAGCAUCCUCAUCCCAGCAUCCUUCCACCCAGCCUCCCUGGCACCCACCUCCCAAAUCCAGGCUGGCAUGCUACACAUCAGGGGCUGAAGGAUCUGUCAAGGUUUGAACAUCACAUGAAAAAUUACUUUCCUGAAAAGCAUGUUUCUGCAGAAUUCCUAGCAUUGCCAAAAGUAUCUCAUGGUUUUUCCUGCAAGUGGUCCAGCUUUCGAAUAUUGUGGGAUGCCCCUAGCUUCAUCCAUUCUAUUGUAGGUUGCUGUCCAGCCUUCGUAGUUCUGAAACAUUAGUUCUGUAGGAAUAGUAAGAAGCUGUAGAAAAAAAUAGCACCUUCGUCUUUACGAUUACUUUCCACCAGAUAAUAGUUCCUAUAUCUUGUGCUGGUCACCAUGGAUGAAGCAUUCAGAGAUCGGACUGCUUUUAUACGAGGAGCCAAAGACAUAGCCAAGGAGGUUAAGAAACAUGCAGCCAAGAAAGUUGGGAAAAGCGUGGAUAAGGUUCAAGAUGAAUACACAAAACGUUCCUACACUCGGUUCGAAGAAGAUGAUGACGAUGACUACCCGGUGCCACAGGACGGAUACUACCAAGGAGAUCCUCUUAACGAUGAUGAGGGAGGGUCUAGUGAUGCCACUGAAGGCCACGAUGAUGAUGAUGAAAUCUAUGAGGGAGAGUAUCAAGGCAUUCCUAGGGCCGAUUCCAUGAAAGGAGAUCACCUCACCGAUAACCAAGAACUUGUUACUGAGUUCAAAGACUUUGCUGAUCUGGAAGGGCAAAGGAGGAAGGACGAGGAAGAGCUGGCUCAGCAGUAUGAGAUGAUCCUUCAAGAAUGUGGACAUGGACGAUUUCAGUGGACCCUCUAUUUUGUGCUAGGACUUGCCCUCAUGGCGGAUGGGGUAGAAAUUUUUGUAGUUGGAUUUGUUUUGCCCAGUGCAGAGAAGGACAUGUGUCUGUCUGACUCCAACAAAGGCAUGCUCGGUCUCAUUGUGUACCUUGGUAUGAUGGUGGGCGCCUUCUUGUGGGGAGGACUGGCGGACCGUAUGGGUAGACGACAGUGUCUCCUCAUGUCGCUCUCUGUCAACAGUGUAUUCGCCUUCUUCUCCUCCUUCGUUCAAGGCUACGGGACCUUCCUAUUCUGUCGGCUUCUGUCUGGAGUGGGAAUUGGAGGGUCCAUUCCCAUUGUCUUCUCUUACUUCUCGGAGUUCCUGGCCCAGGAGAAGAGAGGCGAGCACCUGAGCUGGCUCUGUAUGUUUUGGAUGAUCGGUGGUAUAUAUGCCUCGGCCAUGGCUUGGGCCAUCAUCCCUCACUAUGGGUGGAGCUUCCAGAUGGGAUCAGCUUAUCAGUUCCAUAGCUGGAGAGUGUUUGUGCUGGUCUGUGCUUUUCCCUCUGUUUUCGCCAUCGGAGCGCUAACCACUAUGCCAGAAAGUCCACGCUUCUACUUAGAGAAUGGAAAGCAUGACGAGGCCUGGAUGGUUCUUAAACAAGUCCACGACACCAACAUGAGGGCCAAAGGUCACCCGGAAAGGGUCUUCUCUGUUACACAAAUCAAGACCAUGAAAUGUGCGGACGAGCUGAUCGAGAUCCAGUCAGAUUCAGGAACGUGGUACAGCCGCUGGUUGAUUCGAAUCGUCAAUUUGUCACAGCAGGUCUGGGCUAAUUUCCUCCAGUGCUUCGCCCCAGAGUAUCGCCGAAUCACCCUCAUGAUGAUGGCUGUGUGGUUCACCAUGUCCUUCAGCUACUAUGGACUGACGGUGUGGUUCCCAGACAUGAUCAAGCAUCUGCAGAACAUCGAAUAUGCCUCGCGCACCAAAUUCUUCUCCAAUGAACGGGUGAUCAGCUUCAACUUCAACUUCACUCUAGAAAACCAAGUCCAUAGGAACAGCGAGUACCAAAAUGACAAGUUCAUUGGCCUCAAGUUGAAAUCUGUCAUAUUUGAGGACUCCUUGUUCAAAGACUGCUACUUUGAAGAUAUUACAUCCAGUAACACGUUCUUCAAGAACUGCACUUUCAUCUCCACCAUGUUCUACAACACAGACUUGUUUGACUACAAAUUCAUCAACAGUCGAAUAGUUAACAGCACGUUCCUGCACAGCAAAGAGGGCUGCCAGCUGGACUUCAGCGACGAUAUCAAUAACGCCUAUAUGAUCUACUUUGUGAGUUUCCUGGGGACUCUGGCUGUGCUACCGGGAAACAUUGUGUCUGCCUUGCUGAUGGACAAGAUUGGACGUCUCCGUAUGCUGGCGGGAUCCAGUGUGAUGUCAUGUAUAAGCUGCUUCUUCCUGUUCUUCGGGAACAGCGAAUCCGCAAUGAUCGCCUUGCUCUGCCUGUUUGGUGGAGUCAGUAUCGCAUCGUGGAAUGCUCUGGAUGUACUGACUGUGGAGCUCUACCCUUCCAACAAAAGGACAACUGCCUUCGGAUUCCUGAACGCCCUUUGCAAGCUGGCCGCCGUCCUGGGAAUAAGCAUUUUCACAUCCUUUGUAGGGAUAACCAAGGCAGUGCCUAUCCUCCUGGCGUCUGCUGCAUUAGCGCUGGGUAGCUUUUUAGCCCUUAAAUUGCCAGAAACACGAGGCCAGGUGCUUCACUGAGAUGAAAAGAGAAAUCAGAUUUGUAGACACUGUGAAACGUCUUUUUUUUUUCAGGUCUCUCCUCGUUUCCUCCUCAUAGAGUGUUGGCUUAAAUCAUAUUCACAUACAUUUAGUAUUGAUGGGUUAUCAGAGUUGGCAAUGUUUGCACUAUUCUUAAUUCUGAGAAUUUGUAGAACAAUGGCUUAUGGUGUAGAGCAACCUUCUGUCAAGUUAGAGAAACCCUUGAAAGAUUUUUUGGGUCUCAGGGAACCCCUGCUAAAAA